AUGAAAAUUUAUUUACUCCAUACAUUAUGUAAUUUGUUUCAACUUCAAUUGAUGACUACUACACAACAGUUUACAUGGAACAAUUCUACAUACUUACAGAAAUAUCGAACUAUUUAUCCUACCUUAAUAGUAACAACAACAACAACAACAACAGCAAUGAAAUUAUCAGAUACGAAUACGAAAGCACAACAAUAUUACAAUACAAUAACCAGUACAAGUCCACCUUGGGGUAAGUCUCUAUCAAAAAUCAUUAUGUAUAUUGAAACAAGUCAUUUUUUAUCAAAUUUUUUAGGUUGUCGUUUUGUUAGCUUAAAUCGUCUUGAAUGUCGAAAUUAUUAUAAUUUUCAUUUGACAUCGUAUUCAUUUUGUGAAAAUAAUUAUUUUAAAUAUGUACUAAUUGAUGAACUUAUACUGCAUAAUGAUUAUAAUUGUUUUGAUAUACAGUGGCAAUGUUAUGUAGAAAUUGAUCAUAGUUGGACAAAAUGUUUGACUUCAUUAAAAAAAUUAAUAAUUAAAAAUUUAAGUUUUAUUAUUUUAUUACCAAAAACAACAUCGUACGAUGAAAAAACUCCACCAAAAUUAGAUUAUUUAAAAAUUGAAAAUACACAUGGAAGUGUAACAGAACUAUUAAAUUUAUUUUAUUUUUCAAAUUUAUCAAGUAUUUUCAUUCAAAAUUUGUAUCCUAGAUGGACUGGACUUGAUUUAUAUUCUAUGUAUAUAAAAACAUUUCACACUAGAAAUGUUAUACCAAAACAAUUUUGGUUAAAUGUUGUUGACUGGUAUCCAGUUAUUUAUUUAAAUGUACAACAAAAAUCUUUGAUUAAAAAUUGGCUUCAUGCUAUUACAUGUUUACAUAUUGAAUUGGGCAAUUGUAUUACCUAUCAACAAGAUAUGAUCUACUUAAGAGAUAUAUUUACAUCAAGAAUGGAAUUUAAACAAAACAACAAUAAUGAACUAUUCUGUUACAUGGAUCGUGGAACAAAACGUCAUCAUUGGACAGAAAUAGUAGAAUUAAAAUAUAGUUGUUGUCAACCAGUACCAUAUAGAACAGCAAAUUCAAUAGUACAUAUGACAGAACGUAAAGAAGAAUGUUUCUAUCAGUUUCUGAAAGAGCGUUAUACAAUCAAUUCUCGUACAGAUUUACUCGAUUUUUAUGAUAAUUUUAAAUAUGUAGAAUCCUAUAGAAUACCGUAUUUACGUCCACGUCAAUAUAUAUCAUCGCCAUUAAAAUUACAUAACGCCUAUUCAUCUGUGUGGUCAAAACCACCGAAUUUUUACAAUAAUCCAUUAUCUAUAACACAAAAACUAGAUGUCAAUAAAAUAACAAUUGAAUACACGUGGCUAAGUACGGUGGAAGCACAUAACGAUGGACGAUUUUUAAUGGCAGACAAUGCAAAUCACAAACUAUUUUUACUCGAUCAUCAGGGACGAUAUCGUAUCGAUCUAACAUCUCUAUAUUUAAAUCAACUAAAAUACACAUCAUCAUCAUCUACAAAUCAACAUUAUUCAUUCCAUCAAAUUCGAAUUGAUUUCGAUGGAUAUAUAUUUAUGAUACCCCUUUUGUGCUAUGAAUUUUAUAUUUUCUCACCAAUAAAUCAAUUAUACAAAAUACUAACAGCGAACACACUUAAUAUGUCUGUAUUACAUGGUGAUUGUAUGGCAGUAGCUCAUUCAGGUUUAAUUUAUGUCUGUGACAACACAAAUCGUGCAAUUCGAACGUAUACAAGAGUAGGCAUAUUUCAAAAAAUGUUUCGUAUUGAUUAUCUACCACUGAAGUUAUUCAUCAGUAAUAAUCUUCUAUUUACAUAUUCUCUAGAAAAAGUAGCCUCAAUUAGACUUUAUACAGUAAUAGGGACUUAUGUACAAACAUUAUACAUGUGUGCAUAUAAUUUACCUAAUGAUAUUAACUGGUUUCGUGGAAAAUACUUUUUAACGUGUGGAACAACAAUGACCACAUCAACACAUUCAACUGACGAUAUCAAAACACAAACUCAGUUGUUGACAGAUAGUAAUAACAAUAUGAUUCGAAAUUUCAAGAAUCGAAAUGAAAAAACAUAUGCUGAAGAACUACGUAUUGCUAAAUUGAUAGAUCAUAACAUUGAUGAUGCAACAAUAAAAGAGAAAAUUAGCAAAAUUCAACAAUCCAUACCAAAUAGUGCGUCAUUCGAUCUAGACACAAUAGCGUACGCAUUACAUGCAAGUGAUUAUAACGUUCAAAGCGCAAUAGAAAUAUUAGAAAGUGGAAGUAGUGAAUUGCAGAAUAGUACACAGAAAUCUUCUGAAACAGAUACUGUCGCGCAUGAUAAAGAACAACAACAAGCCCCAUUUUCCUCCAGUAAUCGACCAUCGGAGCAACAACAAAGUUUACCUCCUCAAACAUUCACACAAACGAUAUCUUCCACACCACAAUUGAACAAUAUUCGUACGUCAAGACCGUCAUCUUCACGAGUACCUGGACGUGGUGGUCCGUUUUUAGAUAACAGUCGAUUUGAUGGAAAUUAUAGUCCAAAACCAUCGAAUAAUGGUGGAAGCAAUCAUAAUCGAUUACGCUAUCCAAAUCGAAAUGCGCUUUCUCGAAAUCGACGCGGGCCUUACUAUGAACCUCGUACCAAUGAUAAACAACAACCACAACAGCUAUCCGAAAACAAACAGUCUCGUGAUAAUUAUUUACAACAAUCACCGUCGGACACUAAAAUAAGUGAAGAGUUAAAUGAGAACUUCAUUAGAGAUGAUGAUUCGAGAACAAGUCCAACGGAUUUGACAAACGAAUCAUUGAAUGAUGAAUAUGAAUCAACAGUAAAAUCGUUGACAUUUAAUAAUAGUUUACAAACACCUUCUUCUGUACCGAUCUCUCUGUUAACUCUCGAUGUUGAUGUUAAAAAACCAGAUAAUGCACUUCCGCCCCGCUCAUUUAAAAAUCGUAAUGCACUUACAUCGCAUACUCAAGCUGCUUCACUAUUAGACAAUUCAUCUACUUGCAAUAAUAAACCAAAUGAACCAUCUAAAUUGGCCGUGAGUAUGCAUGAGGCUGUUCAGUAUUCAAAUAAACCGAUUGAUGUGCAAUUUGGUGACAUACAUUGGGUGAAUGGAAAUGCAGAUGAAAGUAUUCCUGCAGCGAUUGAAGAUAGUAUGAACUGUCUCAGAAUAUCAUCUACAGACGAAGAACACUUAACAACCUUACCUGUCAAAAAUGAUCAACAAACGUCACCGCAUUCAUCCUCAUUUUCAUCUCCAAAUACAUUAACAAUGAAAUGUAAUACUGACUUGUAUCCAGAAGAUCUAUCUUCUAAUUUCAACGGCACAAACGACAAAAACGAUAAUGAAUCAGAUAUUUUAUCAUAUCCACAGCAAGAAUUAUCGUCGCCUUCCACCAAUUUAUUAACGAAACCUGUAUGGAGUAAUUUUCAGCAAAAUAAAUCAUCGUUGUCAGAAUCCAAUUUAACUUCUAACAAUAGUGUAAUUAAUAAUAGUGCUCAUUUGUCCGAUCAUCUUAAACAGCAUCCAGAGCAAUCUUCGUCAACAUCUUAUGUACAACCGCAGUCAAAUCCGUCCAGUUCUCAGAAAAUACCGCCGCAUACAACAAAUUCUUCGACAACAAUGAUACAGCAUUCAACGCGAAAUGGAAAUAACCAACAGCAUCAGCAACUUUAUAAUAGCAAUCUAUUUCAACAACAACAACAACCGCAUGGGAUUUCUCUCAUAAAUAUGCAAGCAAAUGUUCCUUCUUCAGGAACCUACACUCAAAUGACACGUGAUAUGUAUCCUGUUAAUUAUCAACAACAACCACAUGCAUGGAAUCAACAACCAUUACAUUAUAUAAAAAACUCACAAAAUAAAAAUAUUCGGCAACCACCAGUUUCUCAUCAUCCAAAUAUGUAUCAUCCAACACAAGCUUUUCAAACACCAUCACCAACAUACCAAUUGUAUCCAAUUCUCUCAUACGAUGGUGCUCUAUAUUCACCAUCGUUCGAUCAACAAAACACUUUUUUUCUAUCAAGUCCUUAUCAUCAAACAGCUCCAACACCGAAAUCACCUAGUGGCAAUAUGGGAAAAUCAUCAACAUUAUCAGCUACCGCUGCUACAUUCACAGCACCACCUACAAUUUUACCAAUUUAUCCCAACAGUUAUCCUUAUGCACUCCAGACAAACACGACCACCACCGACAGAUCAUAUCAAACAGAUAAACACGAUAAUCGAAACAGUCCCAAUAAUCGUAAUUCACAUUAUUCUAACCCAAAUUAUCAAAAUUCAAAUCGAAUGAAUAAUACAGAUUGGAAUCGUAUACCAUCGAAAGUGAGAAAAGCUAUUGAGGAUUGUCUUGAAAAAGGUGGUGAAAAUUUUGAUUUAAAUGAUAUUCAACUUGAUUCAUUCGUCGAUUUCUGGAAUUUGUUUUCAAGUCAUUUACGUCGACUGAUUCAAUUAAAUUUGUCUCAUAAUAAAUUUAAAUCUUUACCUCAAAAUAUUGCUGAUUUAUCCCAUUUACAAGUUCUCAAUUUAACAAAUAACAAUUUAGAAGAAUUACCACUUACAAUAAGUGUACUGUCAAAACUGAGAAUAUUAAAAUUAGGCUUUAAUCGUUUAUCAACGUUACCAGUUAGUUUAGGUUCAUGUUAUACAUUAGAAAUUCUUGAUUUAACCGGCAAUGAAUUGAACGAAAAUACAAUACCAAAUAGUUUUUUUAAGCUAAAAAUACGAGCAUUAUACCUUGGAGAUAACAAAUUUGAAACUAUUCCAACUAAUAUAGAAUAUCUUGAAAAUCUUCAAAUAUUAGUAUUUCGUCAUAAUAAUUUGAGCCAUAUACCAUAUCAAAUUGGACGAUUAAAAAAUUUAAAAGAACUUCAUAUUCAACACAAUAAACUACAAAUACUUCCACCUGAUUUAGAUCUUCUUGGACAAAAACAUAUCUUUCGAUAUGAUCCGAAUCCAUUUGUUCCAGAAAUAAAUGCACAAUUGAAACUUGGAUUAACACAUUUAUUUGAUUAUUUGAAAAGUGACGAUUAUUAUCAGUAA